AUGUCUCAGUUUGAGUUUCCCAAGAUCCACUCUUUUCCACCACUAUAUACUAAACAGCCCAACACUACAGUUCUUAAUAACCAGCUUGAUUCAUGGUGUGAUAUAAUAUUAAAUUUUUGCCAAUUUUAUAGAAUAACAUCGUUAUCUCCCUCCGGAGAGCCACUUCACUCACAAAUUGAGAAUCUCAACUUUAAAGAAUUGCCACCACUUUUCGAGAACAAAGCCAUUGAACGGUCUGUGGCGCCAGAUUUCUUGUCUACAAUCUUCCAGUAUUUGAUCCACAACAAAAAACGGGCCGAAUAUAUCGAUCCUAAGCGUCCAGAAUUGGGAGUUCUUGUAUACUGGAGAACACUAGUGGAAUGGGCCACCAAGAUCUACGAUUAUGUCAAUAGUUCAGGUCAAUUGGGAACUAUAUUGACGAUCUUUGAGCUAACUAACCUGGACGAGUCUGCUUAUCCCGAAGAAUUGCGCAAUAUAGAGUACAAUGUCUUGGUAAGAGCAAUCAAAAAUGUAUUAAUGAAACAGGGCAAGGCCCAGAUUUUGAUGUCAGAGGAUGGAACACAGAUUGGCGGUGUCAAGAUUGUAUAG